AUGUGGUUUCCUAAAUCAUUGUCGGCGUUAUGGCUGGCAUCAUGUGUGAUGGCAGCUGGAGAUACGCAGACUACCAAGUUGAGCGAGGAUGGGAUUAGGAGUAUACCGCCAUACUUGGAUUCAGAUAUGCAGAGUCGAUGGUUUGAUUUUGGAGGGAAUACCAUUGUGAGAGCAGACAAAUACAUACGAUUGACAUAUGAUCAUCCAUCAUCUUCAGGAUGGCUCUUCUCACGAGUUCCACUGACGGCCACAAAUUGGGAGAUCGAAGUCGAAUUUAAGGUCCAUGGCCAAGGCAACCUUCACGGCGAUGGAUUUGCCAUGUGGCUCACCAAACAACGCGGCAUCCAAGGCGACGUCUUCGGAUCCGUCGACAAAUUUGAAGGUCUCGGUAUCUUUUUCGACACGUACAAGAAUAACCGCCCCGGCACUGUCUUCCCUUAUGUAAUGGCCAUGGUUGGCGAUGGAAACACCGCCUACGACAAAAAUACCGACGGCAAAGAUCAAGAAUACAUGGGCUGUUCCGCACGAGGUCUCCGCAACGCAAACGUACCAACUAAAGCUAAACUCACCUAUUUCCAAGACAAGUCUCUCAAACUCGAACUCCAAUACAAGAAGGAAGAUCAAUGGGAACUCUGUUUCGAGACCUUCGAACCACCCACCAUCCCCUCCGUAGCAUACUUGGGAUUUUCCGCGGAAACGGGAGAAUUGAGCGACAACCACGAUAUUAUCAGCGUCAACACUAACAAUCUCUACGAUACCAACACGCACAAGAACAAAGACAAAGAUGCGCAACCGAAACCAGGCAAUGGCAAGAGUAGAUCUGGAAAGGGUCAGGGCAUUUUGGACAGAAAGAGAAAACCCAAGGGAAGCUGGACUUGGUUCUUUGUUAAGUGUUUCCUUGGAGUGGCGGUUCUUGGUGGUGGAUAUGCCGGAUAUGCGGCUUGGAGGACGCAGCAGAGGAAGAGUCAUCGAUUUUAG